UUUAUUUCAAUUUUAUUAGGAACAAUUGAAUCAAUUAAAUUACGAAGAUUUGGAGUUCCUGGUGCUGUAGCUAAUGGUUCAUCUGUCUGGUUACACUGUGAUUAUGAUUUGGAAAACGAUUCGUUAUAUUCCGUUAAAUGGUAUAAAAAUUAUGAAGAGUUUUAUGGUUAUUUGCCAAGCUCAAACGGGAUUCAACAUAAAGUCUUUCCUCAACGAGGAAUCAAUAUUGAUUUGCUUAAAUCAAAUUCAACCCAUGUUUGCUUGGAAAGUAUUGACUUAAAUACUGAAGGUACAUUUGGUUGUGAAGUUUCAACGGAAGCUCCAGUUUUCAGGACAGUUAAAGCUGAAAAAGAUCUUCGUAUUUACGUUUCACCGACAUCGCAUUUAAAAGUAUUUGGACUUCAAGAGCAUUAUAAUAUUCAUGAUACAAUCAACUUGACUUGUAUUGGUGGACCAUCAAAGCCUCCCAUGUUAAUAGCUUGGUUUAUCAAUGAUAAAAAGGUUGACCCUUCAUCUCGUCUUAUACAAUCCAUUAGUUCAACCCGAGAUAUUGAUGGACUUUACCUUUCUUUAACCACUUUGACCUUUCCCCUCAAGUCCACUUCAAUAUCCAACGGUGAUCUUAUUAUCAGUUGUGAAGCUUUGUUCACAACCAUUUAUGGUGUAACCUACAAGGAACUGAUUAUCGAAGAGAAAAGUCCAUCUUCUUCUUCAUCUUCAUCUUCCUACUCAACCUUUGAUUCAACCAAUGAACAAAGUGAACAUGAAAAUGAACAUCAUCAUGGACAUCAACUUCACCCUUCCCCAUCAUCACAGACACCUCAUCAUCAUUCACUUGACACUGAUUAUCCAGUUACCUCAGAGAGUUUCCCUGAUUCAGAUUCACACUCAAUCUUGAGAUCACCUUCAAUCACUGGUUUCUCAUCCAUUUAUUCAAUUGGAACCAUUUUACAAGUUAAUUGUUCAACUGAACCCUCGCACCCACCGGCCUACCUUGAAUGGUUCAUCAAUGAUAGAGAGGCUUUAAAAGAGGAAUUGGUUCAUUUCAAUCAACCUGAAACAAUUAAACUGACUUCAUCCAUUUAUGAUAAUUUCGGUGUCUUUGGAGAUUCCCAGCCAAAAGCAUCACAAUUAGGAUUACAAUUAAAAAUUGCCAAAGAACAUUAUCAAACUUCUGAUGGGUUCCUCAGGAUUCGGUGUAAGGCGACUCAUGCCAAGAUAAUUAGCUGGGAAAAGUCACAAUUAGUUAUAUCCAGUAAUGGUAAACAAAGCUCACAAUUGUAUGCUUCACAUCCAGUUACAUCAGAUUCACUGGAAAUCAUUUCUUCUUGGUUAUUGUCCAUACUACUAGCUGUGUCAUUAAGCCUUUCAUCUUGAUUAUUUGCAUCUUUUUCAGCUCAUUUUUUUCUUCUUCUUGUCUUUUAUAUUAUUAUUUAAAUCCGCCCAAAAACAAUGUAAAUUAAUUAAUUGACUUGCUGAGUGUUAAUGUUGCCUUGAUGAUUAUCCCAUUGAUCACACAUAAACACACACAUUCAGCUCAUUUGCUAUGUAAUUAAGAUGUAAAUUUUUAGUAACUUGAGUUUAGAUUUGAUGGUAAUCAUUAUGAUUGGUGUACAUACUAUUAAUUAUUGAUUAUUGUUAUCACAAUGGUCCAACCUUUAUUGUUCACUUUGUUAAUUAGGGAAGCAUAAAAUUAAUUAACCAUGUAGUUACUAUUGAAAACAUUGUAAUGUAAAGACUAAAACAUGAUGACGGUAAUCACAUUUGUUGAAGGAAACAUUGUCAAACUCAAGAUUAUCUGUCGCCAUCGUUUGUUUCUCAGUUAUAAGCUAAUUGUAAUCAUAAUGUUCAUGUAAUAUAAUGUAAUUUAACGUUUCCAGAUAGACUUCCUUUCUCAAUUGUAAAUACAUUGGUGAUAAACGAGGUGAAAAGUUAAACCUUGCAUUGUUAUAUUUUUAUAUUGAAAUGAAUACAAUAAAAUAAACUAUUUAUUCCUGAUCAA